GGAAACAUUUCUACACUUGGUGCUGCAGCUGUCACUUUGUCACCUUCAACUGCCCUGAUCAAGGACAGAGGGUAGCCGGAGUGCUCUGCAGGCAACCAGGCCUCUUGUCCCAGGCCCUCUCCUCCUGCAUCCCAGCCUUGAGCCCUGAGCUGCCUCCUCCACCCUCCAGGACAUGGCAGGCCCAGUGACCAUCGCAGCCAGCCUCCUGCUCCUGGUACUGUGUGCCUACUGCAUGUCCCCUGCAGGUUCCGUGACCAUACCUUCUUCCUGCUGCAUAACCUUCAUUUCUAAAAAAAUUCCCGAGAGCCGAGUGGAAAGCUACCAGCUGUCCAACGGGAGCAUCUGCCCCAAGGCAGGAGUGAUCUUCACCACCAAGAAGGGCCUGAAGUUCUGUGGUGACCCCAGGCAGCCGUGGGUCCAGAGGUACGUGAAGAACUUGGACGCCAAGCGGAAGAAAGACUCCACGAGGUCGAGGGUGAUGGGGACCAAAGUCCUCGUCCAGAGGCAUCCUGCCAAUGGCACCUCCAUCUGACCACCGCCUGGCCCCCUGCCCUGCGCCUGGGCCUGGGCCUGGCCUCCUCGGCAGGCUACCUAAGGCCUGCUGAGCCAGCAGCAGUAGGCAGUAGUUCCUGUUUCUUAGCAUCAUUCUCAGGGGGUGUGUCUAGUCUAUUAAAAACCCAAGACGGGGGAGGCCUGCUCCUGGGGGCCGAGCCAUGGCUCCAAGCACCCCGUGCCUCUUGCCUUCCCUGAGCCGGGGGAGAAGGUCCCAACAGGAGGGCCAUGGUGACCCUUCAUCCUCCCCAAGCUGGAGCUGGCCCUUCUCCAGGUUCCAUCAGAGCCCACGUGCAUGAGGCCCGGCCUGCAGACACACUCUGCUUGUACCCUGGCCUGCAGCUGGCUCCUGUGGGCCCUCUGGUCUUGCAGUGGGGCCUGUGGGCCGUCUAUCUGUCUGUCUGUCUGUCUGUCUGUCUGGGGGACGGGUGGCCUUAGCUGUCCAUCACGGUAGGGAUGCUCCUGGUCUGUCCCACAUGCAGCCUCCCAUGUGAAUAAAAACCCAGCAAAAGCCUUUCGCUGCUAAGUCCUGCCCUCCCUGCACACCUCUCAUGGAAUGUGAUGAAUAAAUUUUUCAGGAACUUAUUGGCUUUGUCAUGCAAUGGACCUGGAGUGCCAGGAUGAGGGAUCAGCCUGAGGAGCUGAGCUCCUCUGUGAAGAUACAGGUUUCAGGAGAUGUCCUGUUUCUUGGCAUGGCUUGCACCACGCUGCUUUGGAGACAAAGAUCCACUCUGCCUUUAGGGCUGGUCUCUCACCACAUUUUGGUGAGGGGAAGAUGGGGUCGGGGCUGAGGGGGAGGGGAUCCCAGCAUUCUUUUUUUUCUAGGCAGGAGAUACGAUAUGAUUUGCAUGUCAAAAGUGUAGGCAAACACACCUGCUGUUAUCAAA